CAGGGGGGGCCGCUUGUGCGCCGCUGCGCUCCCGGCCGGGGAUCCGGCGCCUUCGGCGAAAGCUGGCGACCCGCGUGGCGUCCCAGGCCGCCGCCGCACUGGUCUCCCAGGGCGCACCGCAGGGCGCUUCCGCCCCGCGGGCUUCUUUGCCAGUCGCCCCGCGGGCCCCGCUGGGUCGCUGGUGGCGCCGGGCCGCUGGGCAUUCCAGCGCCGCUCCGCCAGGUGGCAGUGGCAGCGCGCGCAGCUGUCCGCACACUGCAGGGCGCCUCCUCCCCGCGGGGUACAGGCUAGCCCUGGCGGCGCCGUGUGCGCGCGUGGCCCCGCAGAGGCUUGGUCCACGUACUGGAACGUGCUGGACAGUUUCCGCCGGGCUGUUGGCAGGGAGAAUGCCGACAUGAUGACCGCGUUGAGCCGGGACAGAAGGUACUCUGCAAGGCACCCGGAUGGCGCGCCUCCGCGCGAGGUGCUGCAGGCCAUGGUCGAGGCCCGCGCUCAGGGUGCCGAUCUGCUUCGCAUAGCGGACACAGUGGUCGAAAACCGGCUCCUGUGCAAAACGGUGCCGUCCACGCUCUCGACGUACGCAUCGCAUUUGCGUAUGAUUGCGUGCGUGGGCGCCUGAGCUCUUCGGUGAGCCCCCGCUGGGGUGCAGUGUGCAGCACAUACGUGGGGUCGCGGCCGUGUGCGCGUGUGCUGCCACGCAGCGCGGGUGGCUGAGCGCUUGGGCCAUGGCGCACCAGGCGGCAGGCGUGCCUUGGCAGGGCGACCACGAUGCCAUCUUGCGCGGGGUCCGGCUGGUCACCGUGAAAGGCAGGACGCCCCGCCAGCCCGGGCAACGCGUGGACAAAGCGUUGAUGAAGGCCUUGUUGCGGCACGCCUUUCCGCAAGGUCGGGUGUGGUGGUGCCUCAUAGCUGUGCUGGCGUACAACUUCUUGUUGCGUAUGCCGUCGGAGCUGUUCCGCCAGUAUCGGCGGGGUCUGCUACAGGUGGCAGGCAAUCGCUUCCUUUACGGUCCCAUUCGGCGCAAGAAGCGCCAAGAUUUUUGCACUGCGUUUGCCUUCUGCCUCUGCAGUACGGACGAGGCGCUAUGUCUGCACACGUGGCUGCCUUUGCUGGACGAGCAGGCCCGGGCGAGUGCCGGUCCGCCGUUGGGCGGGCUCACCCCGGCGUCGUGGACUCGCGAAUUUCGCGAACUCUUGGCCUCCGUGGGGGUGCUGCGUCCAGAGGAGCUGUACGGUUAUGACAUCCGGCGUGGCGCCGCCAAGGAUGUUUUUGCAGCGUCCGGCGUUGAGGCCAUGCUGUCGCGUGGUGGGUGGCGUUCCCUCGCCUCCGCGCGGUCGUAUGUGUCGGGCGAUGAGGUGGCAGCGGGCCUGCUCGCGCAGGGCGUCAUUGACGACAGCGGCCCGGAUAAUUAGUCUUUGCGUGUCCUCGCCACCGCCCUUUGCAUUGUCAUUGGGCGCCGGUGGCAGUCCGCGCGGCGAGGUGCCGCUGCACCUCGCUCAAGCUUCAGUGCCGUGCGCAAUGCAGAAAAGAAGGUGUGGGAGGGGAGCGGGCUAACGCUGAUUCACGAAGGUGAAGCAAAGCUAGCACUGCUUGCCCCAUGCAUGUUCUGUCCUCUCCCCCUUUGCUUCUCCUUCCCUUCUUUGUGCCGCAGCAGCAGUGUCGGAUCAGGGGGGGCCGCUUGUCCCACCCUCCCACCCUCUUUUUCUGCC